AUGCCUACCGCAUUCCUUGGUUGUCGCGCCGCCGUUCAAGCGUUCGAAGUCGGCAUUGACCUCUUCUCGCGUUCCCGCCUCAACGCUAUGUCUGAGGCCGAGAUUAUGGCUACGCUAUACCGCCUGCAUAGUUAUAUGUUAGCAUUGUUUUCAGACAUCCUCGCUCGUCCUGGUGGUCCUACGCCACACGAGUCUCGUUUACUGGCGUCCAUUUACAAUGCCGCCCAACGCGUUGAAGAACGCAACCGAAGUACUGCCUGGGAGGAAUGGCUGCAAGAACCAUUGGAUGGUCAUGCGCUUUAUAGCCCUGGCGAAUGCCUAGACUCCAGCUUUACCACGGGGUACAUAGGAGAGGAGGACGCGCCGAGCGACCGCGGGUCUUCGUCACCUCCGGGGAUCAUUACUCCCCGAGGUCGAGCUCAUGUCGUUCAGUCCCCUUCUCCUACGGGAUCCGAUCCGUUGUUUCUACCGAGCCCUGGCCCAGAGUCCCUGCCAGUUUCCUCGCCUGACUCGACGCCGCCUGUCCCUGUUCGAAGGUUGAAGCGUACUCGUGCCAUGGUCAUGGACGAAGAUUCGGAUGUGGUCGAGAUCAUCGAUCCUCCGUCUUCAACGCCCUUGAAGCUGGCUAUUGGCCCUCCAGGUAAACGACGCAAGAUUAUUGAGAAACCCUCGUCUGAUGACGAGGCCAUCCAACAUCCCAACCGUUCACGUUCGAGCUUGUCGGACUCUGUACCUCUCGCUAGGCCUUUGCGUGCAGACAAGGGCAGAGCUCGCGCCAAGACGCCUCCGCCUGUUGCAGGUUCAUCUCGAGUUGACAAGGGAAAGGCUCGGGCGAGGACUCCUCCUACUACUCGUAGUUCCGCCAAGCGUACUGCCUUUAAGCCACCGGUGGUCAAGCAGAAGGAAACUUCUGUUCAACCCAAGCGUCGCGGUCACCCUCGUAAGAAGUCUCCCGUUAUUUUCCAAGAGCCCAUCGUGUUCGACAAGAAGCGAUUUAAACGUGCCACCGCUAGAUUUGGGCUUAAAGAGCUCCCCGCGGUUCUUAAGGGUACGCAAAUCCAUAUGCCCGAACCUUGCCUUCAGUGCUCCGCGCGCAAGGAUUCCACUGUCAAGAACUGCACCUUUCGUGGGUGGGGAACUCCCUGCGGUCCUUGCGACGCGGCGCAUGUUUCUUCGUGGGCCGUCAGGGAUGUCAUCCGUAACCGGUUGGCUAUUCAUGCGCCUUCAGCUAUAUCUGCGCUGAUGGAGUCCAUCGAAGAAGACACGCUUCAUAUGCGCACCCUAUCCGCAGUCCUUGAGGCCAUUCGCCAUCGUCGCGACGCCAAUCUUCGAGAGUUCGCAAACGCCAUCGCGGACCUGUGUCUCACCACCGAGCCUGGAACUCUUCUAGGCACUGUUUUCGAGACUCGCGAGGAGUUCGGCUCGUGGUACAGCUUCGUUCAAGACUUUGUAGAUACUCAGGGGGUCCCAGUGCCUGCGGGUUCAAUGACGGCCGAUUUGGAGAGACUCGUCUCACUUUUUCAUGAAUUGCAACGCGGAAUUUCGGAACGCGCACACCUUGGUCUCAGACACACAAAUAAAAGCAGGCAGUGGCGAAAAAUUUUCGGACAGAACAGUUUUUUGCUUUUCUACCACGCACUCUCAUUUUACCACUCGCUCAUUAUGUCUAUCCCACACAACGCUCUUCCCGCCGCUGUCAAGCUUCGUGAGUCCGCUCUCACUGCCUUCAAAACUUAUCAGGACAUGAAAGAGGGACUGAACAGCGCUGCCGCUCCCACCAUUCUUGGCAUAGCCGCUAAUUACUGUGUUCAGCUUAUCGACACCAAGGAUCCGUGUCUGCUUAUGCACCAGCCAAUGCACAACGUGCUUUUCCUUGUUAGAGGCGAGUACAAUACCCGCAGCACUGGAGUUCACGCCAUCGCGCCCCCAGCCGACCUCGACACUAUCAAAGAAUAUUGUCGCGCCGUUCUCGCCGCGCGCGCCGCUGCGCAGGUCGUUCCACCACCUGUUACUGCUCAAGCUCAGGCUCAGGCUGAGAUUGCAGAGCAUCCCCGCAAGCUUGUCAAGUCCAAGGCUGUUGUUGAGGACAAGGAUGACGAGGUCGAGAUUGUCCCCAGCCCCUCGGAUACCGACGUUAUGAUGGGUGGGUGUGAUGGCCCCAACGCUAUCACUGCAGCUGACACCAUGGCAGUGGACAACCUCUUCGGUGACGAAGAAGUCAAGGACGCUGCUUCCUCUCCCAAAGAGAAAGGCAAGAAGCGCGCUGCCUCUGGUCCCAAGACCCCAGNCAAAUCCAAGCAUGCCGAAACGGUCAGCAUUCCCUACGACGCUGUUCCAGGCAUGGACACUAACAGUCGCGAAUUUCACAAGGCCCUCGUCGUCGAGCAUGCCAAAGGCAGUUGCGCUGGCGACAAACGCCCUCGUACUGAACCGCCCUUUAUUAGUGGUUUAGCAGAUCUUCAGUCUCGUCAAAACGAGUCUGCCAACUCCUUGCUCAUCGACAACCCUCUGUACAGGGAGAUCUUAGCGCGCGCACAUGCUGCUGUUACCAACCGCAUGCCGGCUUAUCCCACCCUUGCUUAUUUCAAGCAGCAAGAGGUCGAUCUUCGUGAACGCGUUCUUCUUAGCAUGCAGCGCCUCGACUUGGAGCUUCGUCUUCGCGAUGUACUUGUCGCUGAUUACGAAAUUGCCCUUGCCCAGAUUGCUGAGCGUGAAGUAACUAAGGAGUAG